UAUGGCAGCGCCCAAAAUACACCCCAUACACUGUUUGUGUAAUCGUCUACUCGUUUAAAUACAACGCGAAUGCUAGAAGCAGAUGGUUAAAGUGCUCAGGUUGCAUUCUUUAACAAUCAAGCAAAGAAAAAACUUUAAAAAGAUGGCAGAGUCUAAGGGAAAGCAACAGAACAAAUCAAAGGACACCAUUAGUCCAGGAAUCAAGACGGAUAUACAAGAACUUAUAGAAAAGGAGGAACAUGCACUGAGAAAGAGACUCCCUGUAAAAUUACCAAAAAGGAAAAAUGAUAUUUAUGUACAUCGCAAAACAGACUUCAGCGCACAGAUGCUGAGGUGUCAAAAACUGCUUGACGCAGGUUGUAAUAUGAUAUUCAUUCAUGGCAUUGGCAUGGCAGUCAAUAGAGCCAUUAAUCUUGCAAUGCAACUCAAUGAAUUGGAACAUGGGACUCUGGAAAUGGAGGUGAAUACAUCAACUGUUGAACUUUCCAGUGACCUUGAUGCAAAUAUAGAUGACCUUGACCCAGAUUCACGUGGAGGAAUUAACUCUGCUGUUCACAUUAGAUUGUUCAGGUUAAAGAAAACAGAAUCAAGUCAAAAGCAAGGCACCCGAUAGGUUUUGCAAUUAUUGUAUAUAUAUUUAAAUCUAUAUAAAAAGGAACAUGCAUAUUGUU